UAUUCUGUAAUAAACGUUAUGCUUUGGUAUGAAGACACGUUCUGUCCAACAUUGGAGGCCAUUACAGCCCAGUGAUAAGCAGCUUUAAUAUUUUUAACAGAAUCUAAUAAUUAACUAAAACGUGUAUAAAUAGGUCACUUUUCACAGUCCUCCUAAAGAAGACGCACACAAAUCAAAGAAGAAUGGGGUUUCCACCAGUGAUGCUUCUCAUGUGUCUGGUUGUUGGGCUGUCCACCUGCCGGGCAGAAGGUGAAGACAAUCAGAUUCGGGUCACUGAGACCACAGAGGAAGAGCAGGAGAAUCAUCUGACAGAGAGGGUCGCAGAGGACACAGAAACCCCCGAUCAAGAUCUUCAGACGGUAACAGUCGAGGCAUCCAACUCGGGAUCCCCAGAGAAAGGAUGCGAGCCAAACAUCUACAUGGUACUGAAGGAGCUGGGAGCUCUGCAAGAGAGGCAGAAAGCCACUGUGAGCGCCCUGGAGGAAACCAACAGGAAGCUGGAAGCCAGUGAGAAGAAGAUCGACGUCCUUAACAGCUCUCUGACAGAGAUGAGGAGAACUUAUCAAGGACACCAGGUUGCAUUUUCUGCAGCGCUACCAAAAGAUGGGACCAUAGGUCCCGUGAAUGUUCUUUACCCUCUGGUCUACAAACACGUUCUGUCCAACAUCGGAGGCCAUUACAGCCCAGUGACAGGAUACUUUACAGCACCAGUGAGAGGAAUUUAUUACUUUUCCUUUUAUUCAUUUUGUUGGGCGGGUGAUGGAACCUCUGGAGGAAGUCUUUACCGAAAUGAAAAUCAAGUUGUGUCAUGGUACGGUUACACUAAAACUGCCCCCGUCUCUGGCUCUAACAGCGCCAUCUUGCUGCUGCAAGCAGGAGACAUGGUCAACGUCCGCCUCUGGGACGGGAGGAAAAUAAGUGAUAAUGUUAACAAGUACUCCACAUUCAGUGGAUUCUUACUGUCACCAAUGUAAACAUUUAGAAAACAGAAACGGCUUUUUGUGUGGAAAUUGUAAAUAUUUUUUCUACUGUCACUUUCAGACAACUUCAGAUUAAUAUGUUCUUAUACAUUUUAGGUGACAAUACACCUUUGCAAUACAUGUAUCAUUACCCAAUUAAAUAUACAUUCAUCGUUUGAAACUAAAAUUUGAAACUGAAAUUUGCAUUAAUUGUCCAGCUUCUAAGAAAAUGUGUAUCAUCAUAAAUAGUAGAGAAAUGAAACAAGAUAGUGAAACUUUUAGUCUCUAUAUUCCAUAACAACAUUUUCUGUAAAUAAAGAACAUUUGCAAAACAA